GCCUGCGAGGGUCAUUUCUAGCGAGGGAAAAGGCUUUCCCUCCUUGAUCAUAUAAAUCACAUGUUUACAAAGCUGGAAAAUAAAGAGAUGGAUAAAACGUGCCCCUGUGCCGGGUAACGCAGGCACUGCGUGUCGGGACGGUGUGACAAGCUCCUCAGUUGGUGCCAUGCGCUGCGCCCAGGGAACUGCGGGACCGGGGGACGGAGGAUCUGACAAAAUCAAAGCUGCAGGAAAAUGGACAGUGAGGUACAGAGAGAUGGAAGGAUCUUGGAUUUGAUUGACGAUGCUUGGCGAGAAGACAAGCUGCCUUACGAGGAUGUUGCGAUACCACUGAAUGAGCUUCCUGAACCUGAACAAGACAACGGUGGCACCACAGAAUCUGUCAAAGAACAAGAAAUGAAGUGGACAGACUUAGCCUUACAGUACCUCCAUGAGAAUGUUCCCGCCAUUGGAAACUGACACGUGGCUCCUUUCUUGUGGAUGCAUUUUUAUAAAAUACACAGAUACAAAAUGUU